GUCUGGACAGAUACCAAAGCAUUUGACAAUUGGUUGCCCCUAUUUAUCCUUCUUCAAACUAUCAAACAAUAAUUUGUCUGGCCAAAUAUCUCUUUCGUUUGUAAAUUUGACCACAUUGACAUGCUUAUAUUUGGACAAUAAUCAUUUCACAGGCAAAUUUCCAGAUAGUGUAUCUAUUCUCCCUUCUUUGAAAGCACUUGAUAUUAGCAACAACCACAUGUAUGGAAAGCUUCCAAGAUGGAUGGGGAACAUGUCCAGUUUGAUGGGAAUUGCUAUGUUCUCAAAUCAUUUUGAAGGUCCUAUUCCAGUAGAGUUUUGCAAACUUAGUUAUCUUCAGUUUUUAGACGUUUCAGAUAAUAACCUGUCUGGUUCUAUACUGUCUUGCUUCAACCAAUCGACAGUAAAACAUGUCCACUUGAACCGAAACCAGUUGAGCGGUCCAAUGACGCAUGCAUUUUACAAUAGUUCUUCUUUAGUGACAUUAGAUCUUAGCGAUAACCACCUAAAUGGUACUAUUCCCAGUUGGAUUGGAAGCCUUCAUGUGUUGAGCAUUCUUCUCUUAAAAUUUAAUAAUUUUGAAGGUGAAAUUCCAGUUCAAUUAUGCCAGUUGAAACAAUUAAGCAUAUUGGACGUUUCUGAAAAUAACUUUUCUGGUCCCAUACCUCUUUGUUUUCGUGAAAUACCUUUUCAGACAACCCAUGAAAAAUCUUCUCUAGAAAUUGGAUAUCAUGAAUAUUUUUUAACAUUUGCAUUGUGGAGCUUUGUCGAGGGGUCAAAGUCACUAGAAGACCAUUAUCCGAUGGAUAUUGCAUAUAAAAGUAUUGGCUUCCACUCUUUGGAUGUCCAACAAAAAGUGGAGUUCACAACAAAGCAUGGAUCCUAUGCAUAUAAAGGCAAUAUUUUGGACUACAUGUCUGGAGUUGAUCUCUCUUGCAACCACUUAACAGGGAAAAUCCCUUUGGAAAUGGGAAACUUGAGCAACAUCCGUGAUCUAAACUUGUCUCAUAACAAUUUAUUCGGAUCAAUCCCAUCAACAUUCUCACAACUAAAGCAAAUAGAAAGUUUGGAUCUCUCUUACAAUAGAUUGAAUGGAAAGAUCCCUUCUCAAUUGAUUGAAUUGGACAAGUUGGAAGUCUUUAGUGUGGCAUACAACAACUUAUCAGGUGCGACCCCAGACCAAAAAGCUCAGUUCGCAACUUUUGAAGAAAGUAGCUAUGAGGGAAAUCCCCUUCUCUGCGGAUUUCCCUUGCAAACCAACUGUAAUAAAACUAUACCAACAUCAACAAUGUCAAAAGGCCUGGAUAGAGAGAUUGAAGACGGUGGUUUCAUAGAUAUAGAGGUUUUCUAUGUCAGCUUUCUAGUCUCAUAUAUUAUUGUGUUGUUGGGGAUUGUUGCAGUUUUGUUCAUAAAUCCUCAUUGGCGACAAGCUUGGUUUCACCUUGUUGAAAUGUGCAUGACCUCUUGGUACUACUUCUUUUUGGACAAUUUUAUGAAGUUUUUUUGCAAUAGAAGUAUGUAAUCUCCUUGAUUAAGAUGCAAGUUCUUGAAUUUGAACUUGAG